AUGCUUUUGAACAGGUAAAUAGUUAUGUUAACAUUUUUUCCAAAACGUUUAACGAUGAAACCAGGAUGAAACGGCGAUAAAACGAAGACAGGCCGAUGUAGGCUGAUGUAGGGACCUUAAGAAUUUUUAGUUGCAGACUUUUUCCACACUUAAGAUUUUUUAGUUGCAGUAAAAGUAUGCACUUAAGAAAAUCUAUUUGCUGUGUUUUACUACAUUUUUCAGUUCGCGAAAUGGUUUGACUUGUGCAUUUGCGUAUGCAUGUUACAAAUCAAAAAUUAUAAUCUGCGGACCACGCAGAAAACAAUAACAAACUUAUAAUUUUCUUUCUUUUUUCUAUCUUUCAGUUUAUGGGGCAAAUUUGGUGUGCGCCAAAAUAAACCGGUGACCCACUGCAUCACACAACCAGCUGAUUUGUUCCGGAUCCUGGAUGAUCCAACAUUUCAAAUUUCUGCCAUACGUAUCUGUUCCGAAGAUGUGAUGGAGAUCGUGACAACCACCGCGGAAGAGGAAUAUGAAUGCAGCUUUAAAACCAACGUGUUCGUCGCGGCCUUCAUGACAUCUCUUGCUCGCCUUAAGCUGUAUGAAGCGCUUGAUUUUCUAGGUGACCGGUGUUUGUAUUAUGAUACAGACUUGGUCAUCUACAAAACCAAACCGGGUCAAGAAAAGUUGCCGUUGGGGCGAUACCUCGGGCAGUUCACAGACGAGCUUGGUGGAGCUUCGAUCGUGGAAUUUUGCAGUGGUGGCGCGAAAAAUUAUGGCUAUCUCACCAAGAAAGGCAAGGUCGAGUGUAAGGUGCGUGGGUUUACACUCAACUACGAGACGCUCCAGAUACUUAACUACUACACCAUGCGGGAUAACAUCCUCAAAGAAUUGGAUCACCCCAUGCAGCAGCGGUGA